UCAGCGCGGCGCGGGGGCUCGGGCGCUUUAAGCGCGGCGGCGGCGGAGCGGGGACAAAGUCCCCCCGGCACCGCACCGAGCAUCCCCGCUCCGGGGACCGGGCCGGGACCGGCAACCGGACCGGGAACCGGGACAUCCCCCCCCCUCUCCUCUCCUCUCCUCUCGUCUCCUCCUCGCCUCGCCUCGCCUCGCAGCCCCUCCGGCCGUGUCACCGCCUCGCAGCCCCGGCCAUGUCGAUGCUGCCGUCGUUUGGGUUCACGCAGGAGCAGGUCGCCUGCGUGUGCGAGGUGCUGCAGCAAGGGGGGAACCUGGAGAGGCUGGGCCGGUUCCUGUGGUCCCUGCCGGCCUGCGACCACCUGCACAAGAACGAGAGCGUCCUCAAGGCCAAGGCGGUGGUGGCUUUCCACCGGGGCAACUUUCGCGAGCUCUACAAGAUCCUGGAGAGCCACCAGUUCUCGCCCCACAACCACCCCAAGCUGCAGCAGCUCUGGCUCAAGGCGCACUACGUGGAAGCCGAGAAGCUGCGGGGCAGACCCCUGGGAGCCGUGGGCAAGUACCGGGUCCGCCGAAAAUUCCCCUUGCCCCGCACCAUUUGGGACGGCGAGGAGACCAGCUACUGCUUCAAGGAGAAGUCCCGGGGCGUGCUGCGGGAGUGGUACGCGCACAACCCCUACCCCUCGCCCCGCGAGAAGCGGGAGCUGGCCGAAGCCACCGGCCUCACCACCACCCAGGUCAGCAACUGGUUCAAGAACCGGAGGCAGCGGGACCGAGCGGCCGAGGCGAAGGAAAGGGAGAACACGGAGAACUCCAACGCCGCCACCAACAAACCCAACCAGCUCUCGCCCCUGGACGGGAGCAAACCCCUCCUGUCCAGCUCCGAGGAAGAGUUUUCUCCGCCGCAGAGCCCCGAUCAGAACUCGGUCCUGCUCUUGCAGGGGAACCUCGGGCACGCCAGGAGCUCCAGCUACCCCCUGAGCGGCUUGGCCGCCCCCCAGAGCGCUCACAGCCUGCCGGGCCACCAGCUCCAGGACUCGCUGCUGGGACCCCUCACGUCCAGCCUGGUGGACCUGGGCUCCUAAAGGGCCGCCACGGGACAGGAGGCUUUGCCCGGGGACACGGACUCUCGGUUGUACGCAGCGGACAGCCUCCGGUUUCGCAGCUCGCCCUCUUAACGGGACUCUCGGCUCUUUUCACUCGACCCCACGUCGGUCCAGUUCUUCCCCCCCCCCCCCCCCCCCCCCCAGCGUCUCCCACUAUCAUCAUUAUUGUUAUUAUUUUAUUUUAUUUUUUUUUCCACGUAGCCAAACGCAGAGAGCAGCAGAAACCCUCGUCCCUUCGAGUUCAAACGAGCUGGUCCCAGCGGGAAUUACAAAAAAAUAAUAUUAAAAAAAAAAAAACAAAACAGCUGGAUCCGAUUCCACCCGAAUAAAUCCCAGCCCCGCAGGCGUGCUGGGGCAGGGGCGGCCGGGGGCGUCCUGUCCUUGUCCCUUGUCCCUGUCCCCGUCCCCGCGGAGCUCGGACGGAGGCAGAGGGAGCGGAGCGCUGUGUCCUAGCGGGAGGAGGGAGGGGAAGUUUCGUUUACAUUUUUCAUAUUUAGCGUUACCAGGAAAGAUUUCGAUGUAGUUGAAGUUUUAAAAGAGGAGAAAAAAAAAAAAAAAAAAAGGGAAAAAGGGGAAAAAAAAAAAAAGCUGCAGUAUUAGAGUUUUACCAAGUGCCUAUGUCUUAACGCGGCGGUGCGGGGCUAGCGAGCUCCCGUGGGCCCGCGCCCCCCGGGCAUCCUUCUCCUCGGCGGGGCAAUGCUUCGACGUGGCUAAAAACGAGGAGAACAGUGCUGAGAAUACCGCGAGCUGCCGGCCGUUCCCUCCUGAACGAGGAUUUCUCGGGCUGCCCCGCCAGCCCCACGCUGCCUUCUCCUGCCCGUCCCCGCUCGCCGCCCUCCCGGUUCGGCUUGCGAGGAGCCCGCGGCCGAAGCUGUCUGUCUCGAGUAUUUGUUCCCAGAACUAGCACGUGCUUUCAGGUUUCUUUUCUAUUGUACCUAAAGAGGCUAAAUUAAAACCGCGCUGAUGGCAGAACUGCGAGGCUGCGCUCUUCUUUGCGGGGCUGAGCCCCCCGACGUGCCUCGGAGGCGCUGGGGGCUCGGGGGGAGCCGCUCUCCUUCCACGCAGCCCCUUUUGUUUUGCAACCGAGGGAUGGAGGGAUACGAGGAGGGCUCGGGGAGGGCACCCCGGGGUGCCUGGCCGCGGGGUGGGCUCCGU